CCGGAGCAACAGCAGCAAGACACAAAGAUCACAUCUCUCUAUACCAACCAAUCAACAACCACGAACGAUGUCUCUGAUCAACUUCUUCGACGAACCGCUCUUCUACUACCCUUCCUACUCUCGACACCAAGCACGGCGUCAAGCGGCAGCGGUGAAUAGCUACUACCACGCUCUGGCACGACAGCAGGCGCAGCUGGCAAACGUUUUCUCAGACAUGUUCGAUACCUUCGGCUCUGAGCUUGCGCAAACGCAGGCGAGGCAGCCGAAGACGGAGCUGAGGGAGGCGCCCAAUGGAUACGUGCUGGAGGCGGAGCUGCCAGGUGUGAGGAAGGAGGACUUGGAGGUGACGAUCACUGAGGGCGGAAAGAGGAUCAGGAUCAAGGGGAGGGUCGCGAGGAAGACGCAGGCUGAGCCUGCUGCCGCCGAAACUGUUGCAGUCCCGACUGCUGAAGUUCCUGCCGCCGAGCCCGCUCAGGCCGCCGAAGCUGCCCCGGAGACGGCGGCGCCUGUUCCAACGACGACCGAAUCCGAAGUCGUCGCCGCCCCGACUGGGGAAGUAGCUACCGCCCCUGUUGAGGAACAGUACACGGCGACAUUCUCUCAAUCAUUCGCCCUUCCUCGGGCGGUGGACGGUACAAGGGUUGUCGCUAGGCUCGAGGAUGGGGUGCUCAGGCUUGUAGUGCCCUUCCUUGAGGAUGCCGACAGUGUGAGGGUUACCGUCAACUGAGAUAUGAUGGCCGAAAAAUAGUGUCGAAACACGGCUCAUUGCUAUGGUGUUACAUCAAUGUUGUCUUAUUUGACAUGAUCUUAUUAUCGUAUAAAUUCAUACAUUGUAUUGACUUUGCUAACACCGGCGAAUCAAUAGAUUGC